UGUACUUCCGGGCGGGCGGCCGGUGCCGCUCCCGGUGGGUUCCCCCCCCCUUCUCCCGCGCACCAUGUCCACGCUGUUCCCCUCGCUGCUGCCCCGCGUCACCGAGUCCCUGUGGUUCAACCUCGACCGGCCCUGCGUGGACGAGACCGAGCUGCAGCAGCAGGAGCAGCAGCACCAGGCCUGGCUCCAGAGCAUAGCCGAGAAGGACAACAACCUGGUGCCCAUAGGAAAACCGGCCUCCGAGGUGGGUGCGGUGCUGCGGCUGUCAUACCCACAGCAUUACGACGAGGAGGAGGAGGAGGAUGACGAGGACGACGAAGACAGCGAGGAGGACUCGGAGGACGACGAGGACAUGCAGGAUAUGGACGAGAUGAACGAUUAUAACGAGUCUCCCGAUGACGGGGAGAUUAACGAGGUGGACAUGGAGGGGGCAGAGCAGGAUCAGGACCAGUGGAUGAUCUGAUCCCGCCCUGGCCGGGCCGGAGCCCGAGGACGGGAGGGCGCUGGGGGAGAGCCCUCGCCCACCACGGCACCGGCGCCCUGGGUUACGAUUUGGUGAAGCUCCUCUUGCCGUGGCCACUCGAGG